AUGCCAGUAGGCGCCAAGUGGUCGAAGCAUCCAUUCGUACCAAGCAAGUGGAACCGUUCCCGGCGGGAGAAGUUAUACAACGCCAUUGACAAGUUCGGAAUGGACUGGCGCAUGGUCCAAGAGGAACUGGGUGACGAGGUAACUGUUAGGGAGUGUAUUUAUCAUUUCGUUAUGGCCCCUCUGGAGCGUGAGACUCGAGGAAUCGUGCGACUUCCGGUAUGCUUUAGCCAUAUUGUGGAUGGCAAGACGGAUCUCCCGUUCUUCACCAGCCCAAACACAGUCACGGCCUUUCUCGCCUUUUGCGCAUCCACAAUCAGCCCCGUUGUCGCAUCUCAAGCAGCGAAGACCAUCUUAAACGAUGUCAUGAAGCCAGAAGCAUGGCCACCCGGAUAUGCGAAAUUUGAAGCGGACGAGAGCAUUCAACGCCGAGAUACGAAAAGCGCGGCAACAACAGAAGCCACCUGUCACACAACUGUAACUCCAUUACGUAAUGACAGGAAGGAUGCAGAUGCUGCAAAUGCGAACAAACUCCACGGAUUCACGUCCAAUGAGCAUGAAGUUAAAGGGGGGAAACAGGCCGAAGCAAGCGGGACCGUUGUCGCACAAGACAAGGAUGCGGAACAUGAUGCGCGACCGAAUCCAACAGUUCCGGAUACAACGCUGUUCACGGCAUUCGAACAAGCGCUGCAAGUGUCCACAGAAACCUGCGCACGCUUGGCUGCAAUGGAGCAGCAAAAGAUAGAUGCCGUGCUCGCCAGGAUUAUUGAUCUCAAAAUCAAAAAUCUCGAGGAAAAGAUGAAGUAUCACGCAGGUUCCGAAGAGCACAUGGACAACUGCAGGAUACAACUGGUAAGAUACAGCAGCCUACAACUAACUUGGUGCAGAGGCAUGAACUAUCGCGAAUAA